AAACCUCGAAACUCAAACGCCUUCCUUCUUCUAUUUCACUUCUCCCGAAGCGUUACAACAAUGGAGUUUUCCACUUGACCCAGAAGAAGUUGAAGGAGAAUCUUCCCUUCUCUUCUCAUCUCCCUUGUUUAUUUUUUCAGUUCAAUCUUUAAUCCAAGAACUGUAUAUUCUCAGCUUUUCAUCAAUGGCGUCUCUGGUUUACUCUCCGUUCACUUUAUCUUCUUCCAAAGCUGAGCAACUCUCGUCGCUCUCGCAGAAACAGUACUUCCUCCAUUCAUUCUUACCCAAGAAAUCUCGAUCAAACAACCUCAAAUCCUCGAAGAGAGUGAAAUGCGCGGUGGUGGGCAACGGUCUUUUCACUCAGACAACUCCCGAAGUUCGCCGGAUCGUCCCCAGCAAGAGAGACGACAACAGACCGACAGUGAAGAUCGUCUACGUCGUCCUCGAGGCUCAGUACCAGUCUUCUCUCACCGCGGCCGUACAAUCUCUCAACCAGACAUGCAAUUUCGCAUCGUUCGGCGUCGUCGGUUACUUGGUCGAAGAGCUUCGCGACGAGAACACUUACAAGACCUUCUGCAAGGAUCUGGAGGACGCGAACAUCUUCAUCGGGUCUCUGAUUUUCGUGGAGGAAUUGGCGCUGAAAGUGAAAUCUGCAGUGGAGAAGGAGAGAGACAGGAUGGAUGCAGUUCUUGUGUUCCCUUCAAUGCCCGAGGUAAUGAGGCUCAACAAGCUCGGAUCUUUCAGUAUGUCUCAAUUGGGACAAUCGAAAUCGCCCUUCUUUCAACUGUUCAAGAGGAAGAAACAAGGAUCUGCAGGGUUUGCAGACAGUAUGUUGAAACUUGUCAGGACAUUGCCCAAGGUUUUGAAGUACUUGCCGAGCGACAAGGCUCAAGAUGCUCGGCUUUACAUCUUGAGUCUUCAGUUCUGGCUUGGUGGGUCCCCUGAUAACUUGCAGAAUUUCCUCAAAAUGGUCUCUGGAUCUUACGUUCCCGCGUUGAAGGGGACGAAGAUCGAGUACGCUGAUCCAGUCCUGUUCCUGGACAGUGGGAUCUGGCAUCCAUUGGCUCCGACAAUGUACGACGAUGUCAAGGAGUACAUGAACUGGUACGACACCAGGAGAGACACCAACGAGAUUCUCAAGAGGAAAGACGCUCCGGUUAUCGGACUGGUCUUGCAGAGAAGCCACAUCGUGACAGGCGACGAGAGCCAUUACGUGGCUGUGAUCAUGGAGCUGGAAGCAAAAGGAGCGAAGGUCAUCCCCAUUUUCGCGGGAGGGUUAGAUUUCUCAGGACCGGUGGAGAAGUACUUCAUCGAUUCCUCGACGAAAAAGCCCUUCAUCAACUCGGCCGUCUCCCUGACAGGGUUCGCUCUCGUCGGUGGACCGGCCAGACAGGACCAUCCUCGAGCAGUCGAGGCGCUUAGAAAGCUUGACGUGCCUUACAUUGUGGCAUUGCCUCUGGUGUUUCAGACCACUGAGGAGUGGUUGAACAGCACUUUGGGUUUGCAUCCGAUACAGGUGGCUUUGCAGGUCGCUCUCCCCGAGCUCGACGGUGGAAUGGAGCCUAUUGUUUUCGCCGGACGUGAUCCUAGAACAGGGAAAUCGCACGCACUCCACAAGAGAGUCGAGCAACUCUGCACCAGAGCCAUCCGGUGGGGCGAGUUGAAGAAAAAAUCUAAGACGGAGAAGAGGCUAGCGAUCACAGUUUUCAGUUUCCCACCGGAUAAAGGAAAUGUAGGAACAGCGGCAUACCUUAACGUCUUCGCUUCUAUCUACUCGGUGCUGAAGGACCUCAAGAGAGACGGUUACAACCUCGAGGGCCUUCCUGAGACUUCGGAGGCUCUUAUCGAGGAGAUUAUCCACGACAAGGAGGCUCAGUUCAGUAGCCCGAACCUUAACGUAGCCUACAAAAUGGGAGUCCGUGAGUAUCAGAGCCUCACUCCGUAUGCCACGGCCUUGGAAGAAAACUGGGGGAAACCUCCUGGGAAUCUGAACUCGGACGGGGAGAAUCUUCUGGUCUACGGGAAACAGUACGGUAAUGUUUUCAUUGGUGUCCAACCGACUUUCGGAUAUGAGGGCGAUCCCAUGAGGCUGCUUUUCUCCAAAUCAGCCAGUCCGCAUCACGGUUUCGCUGCUUACUACUCGUUUGUGGAAAAAAUAUUCAAAGCUGAUGCGGUUCUUCACUUUGGAACCCAUGGCUCGCUCGAGUUUAUGCCCGGGAAGCAGGUCGGGAUGAGCGACGUUUGUUACCCGGACAGUCUCAUCGGAAACAUUCCGAACGUUUACUACUAUGCAGCCAAUAACCCCUCGGAGGCUACCAUUGCUAAGAGGAGAAGCUACGCAAACACCAUUAGCUACUUGACUCCUCCGGCCGAAAAUGCCGGUCUAUACAAAGGGCUGAAACAACUAAGCGAGCUUAUCUCGUCGUACCAGUCUCUCAAGGACACGGGACGCGGCCAGCAGAUCGUGAGUUCUAUCAUAAGCACGGCUAGACAAUGCAAUCUCGAUAAAGACGUGGAGCUACCCGAAGAAGGAGAGGAGCUUGCACCAAAGGACCGAGAUCUCGUGGUCGGAAAAGUGUAUGCCAAGAUUAUGGAGAUCGAGUCUCGGCUCUUGCCUUGUGGGCUUCACGUCAUUGGAGAGCCUCCAUCCGCGAUGGAAGCUGUUGCUACACUGGUCAAUAUCGCAGCGUUGGACCGACCCGAGGAAGGUAUUUCAUCCCUCCCUUCUAUAUUAGCUGAGACUGUUGGACGGGAGAUAGAGGACGUUUACAGAGGCAGCGACAAGGGUAUACUGAGCGAUGUCGAGCUUCUGAGACAAAUCACCGAGACUUCACGAGGAGCGGUUACUUCCUUCGUCGAGAGGACAACGAACAGCAAAGGUCAGGUAGUGGAUGUGUCCGAUAAGCUCACGUCGAUCCUCGGGUUCGGGAUCAAUGAGCCUUGGGUUCAGUACCUGUCCGACACGAAAUUUGCGCGGGCAAACAGGGAGAAACUCAGAACAUUGUUCAUGUUUCUCGGGGAGUGCCUGAAGUUGGUUGUCAUGGACAACGAGCUUGGGAGUCUUAAACAAGCAUUGGAAGGGAAAUACGUCGAGCCAGGUCCCGGAGGUGACCCUAUUAGGAACCCGAAGGUCUUACCGACGGGGAAAAACAUUCAUGCAUUAGACCCUCAAGCUAUUCCCACCACGGCGGCUAUGCAGAGCGCGAUGAUCGUCGUCGACAGGUUGGUCGAGAGACAAAAGAUCGAGAAUGGUGGAAAAUACCCCGAGACAAUCGCGCUCGUUCUCUGGGGAACCGACAAUAUCAAGACCUACGGUGAGUCACUGGCUCAGGUCAUGUGGAUGAUUGGGGUGAGACCGGUUGCAGAUACGCUUGGAAGGGUUAACCGAGUUGAACCAGUUAGUCUUGAAGAACUCGGAAGGCCUAGGAUCGAUGUCGUUGUUAACUGCUCAGGUGUCUUCCGUGAUCUUUUCAUCAAUCAGAUGAACCUUCUUGACCGAGCGGUUAAGAUGGUGGCCGAACUAGACGAGCCGGUAGAGCAAAACUACGUGAGGAAACACGCGUUGGAGCAAGCUGAGAAGCUUGGAAUCGACGUCAGAGAGGCUGCGACUCGUGUUUUCUCCAAUGCCUCGGGAUCAUACUCAUCAAACAUCAACCUUGCCGUCGAAAACUCCUCGUGGAAUGACGAGAAGCAGCUUAUUUUGUAUGUUGUUGAUUUGAUUUCUUUGGGAGCGAGAAUGACCGAGAAGAGACAGGUUUUCGAGAUGGCUCUAAGCACGGCCGAUGUCACGUUCCAGAACCUGGAUUCUUCCGAGAUUUCCCUCACUGAUGUUAGCCACUACUUCGACUCCGACCCGACAAACCUUGUUCAGAACCUAAGGAAAGACGGGAAGAAGCCGAGCGCUUACAUCGCUGACACAACGACAGCAAAUGCACAGGUGAGGACACUGUCUGAAACAGUCCGUCUCGACGCAAGAACAAAGCUGCUACGCCCUCGGGAAUCACGUGUAAACGGUUUGUACAUAUCUUCUUAAUAUUCUUACCCAAAUAGACUUGCUUCCCGCAAUCCCUAUAUCAGCCAAAACAUAAUCAUGAAUAUUAGUAAUUAGGAAUAUAUACUGAACCGGAUGAUGAACAUGAACCCGAACUCGUUCAGGAAGAUGCUUCAGACGUUCCUGGAGGCGAACGGACGCGGAUACUGGGAAACGUCCGCCGAGAACAUCGAGAGGCUGAGAGAGCUGUACUCUCAGGUCGAAGACAAGAUUGAAGGCAUCGACAGGUGAUGAAGAGGAAACACACUCCCUGUUGAAGUGGUUUGGUUUUUCUUCUUUGAUCUUUUGCACAUUGCAAAAAAAAAACACUACUUAUUUUGUGAGUAAACAAAAUAUGAUGAAGAGGUCUUUUGUAAAUAGUGUGGGGUUCUGUCUC